AUUGCCACAUUUCUUACCAUCCAACUCAAACAUUUAUCUUCUCUCUAGCUACAUAAUAAACAUUUCUGUUCUGUUUCUAUUCAUCAUUCCAAACCAUGUCAACAACCAAAACUUUGGCAAUCUUGGUCAUCUUCUGCUGUACCAUCUCUUAUGUCCAUGCUUCUGAUCCUGACACACUUCAAGACCUUUGUGUAGCUCUUCCUUCUUCAGGAGUGAAGGUGAAUGGAUUUGCCUGCAAGCCAGAGGCAAAUGUCUCAGCAGCUGAUUUCUUCUUUGCUGGUCUAGCCAAGCCUGGAGUCAUCAACAACACAGUGGGAUCAUUGGUAACUGCAGCCAAUGUGGAAAAAAUUCCAGGACUCAACACAUUGGGUGUAUCUUACUCAAGGAUAGACUACAAAGCCGGGGGACUUAACCCUCCACACACACACCCUCGCGCCACUGAGGUUGUGUUUGUGUUGGAAGGUGAAUUAGAUGUUGGUUUCAUCACCACAGCCAACAAGCUCAUCUCAAAGUCCAUUAAGCAAGGUGAAAUCUUUGUGUUCCCAAAGGGUUUGGUGCACUAUCAGAAGAACAAUGGGGAUAAACCUGCUUCUGUGCUUUCUGCAUUUAGUAGUCAACUACCUGGUACCUUGUCUAUAGCUUCUGCUCUCUUUGGAUCAACACCAACUGUGCCUGAUGAUGUGCUUUCCCAGGCCUUUCAGAUUGAUGCUAAACAGGUUGAUGCAAUCAAGACCAAACUUGCUCCAAAGAAGGCUUAAUUAAGUAUAAGCUAGAUGCAUAUUCAAGUUAUAAACGUACUUAAUUUCCCUUUAUUUUUGCCAAUAAUUCUUGAAGGGAUAUGAUUAAUUGAUUAUGUAUUGUACCACGUAUGGUGUUACAUUUGAGUGUAAAAUAAUUGGUAUCGAAGAUUAUAAUGUGUUAAGAAUGAUGCGAAUUCUAUGAA